AUGUUGGGUAGCAUCCUUCGAUUUUCCACCGUCCUCCUGGCCCUCCAUUCUACGAGUACAGCUGUUAAAUGGUCCGAAUAUUGUGAAGCCAUCAAAAGCGAAGAGCACUCUACGUUCCUCCCUGAACGUCUACAUCAUUUGCAUGGCAAUUCGGGUCACCGUUUGGAGGAUGAUGUUACGGAAUUCUAUGAACUCCCGUUAUUGGCAGAAAGUCCAACACUCGACAUUAUCGAAGAGCAGCUGACAGCAGCAGAACGAGCAAAGCGCUGCGACGCAAGCCAGUUGCGCGCCCCUCUCUUUAGUGCGUUGUUACCCGUCGCGCCGACGUGUAGACAGAUAUGCCACCGUUGCUUCCCGCACUCGGCAGCGCUCUGUGUGCAACGGCGGCCGAAAUGGGAUCUGAUGCGAACAUGUUUAUGCACCUACGAUACAAAAUCACCGAUUGCGGGCGCCGUUUUCAGUUUUCGGCAUGACAAGCGAGUAGAGCGGCUUCUCCGAGGU